AUGAGUGCCUACGCCAAUGGUGCGCAGCCCCGCGCCCAUAACGACGACAGCGAUGUCGAGGAGGAAGUCCUUGUUGCCGAGUACAGGGAACAACAGCAGUUUGAGCAUGGCCUUGAGGAUAUCGAACAGAACUCCGCCGCCCAGCCCGAUGACAUCCAGGCUCGUCUGGCUGCUGCCGCCCAGCCCCUCGACUACUCGGCGACCCUCGACGUCAAGUUCCAAAGCUACGACGCCUACUGUAGCCUUUUCCACUACAUUCUAAACUCCGAGGGACCCAUCGACCUCGAGCCCCCUUCGUACUACUGGGCGUGGGACGUCAUCGACGAGUUCAUCUACCAGUUUAACUCCUUCUCAUCCUACCGCAUGCGGAUUGCUAGGCAAGCCUCAUCCUCCAAUGACGAGGAGCUCCAGCUUCUUCGUGAGAACCCCAACACUUGGGGUUGCUACAGCGUUCUCAACGUGCUCUACUCUCUCAUUCAACGAUCUCAGAUCACGGAGCAGCUUGCCGCGAUGAAGCGAAACGAGGACCCCGCUCCCGUUGCCGGAGAGUACGGCUCGAAGAACAUGUACAAGAUGUUGGGUUAUUUCUCCAUCAUCGGCCUCCUUCGAGUCCACUGCCUCUUGGGUGACUUCGGCCUUGCCCUCAAGACCCUCGAUGACAUUGAGCUGAACAAGAAGGCCAUGUUCGCUCGAGUUAUGGCGGCGCACUUUACCACGUACUACUACGUUGGUUUCUCCUACAUGAUGAUGCGUCGCUAUGCUGAUGCCAUCCGCAUGUUCAGCCACAUCCUUAUCUACGUGUCUCGUACCAAGAACUUCCACAAGAAUGCUCAGUACGAUUCCAUCACCAAGAAGAACGAGCAGAUGUACGCUCUCAUCGCCAUUUGCGUCGCCUUCCACCCCACUCGUCUUGACGACACCAUCCACACCGCUCUCCGUGAGAAGUACGGUGAUCAGCUUCUCAAGCUUCAGCGCGGUGGUCCCGAGUCUCUGCCCAUCUUUGAGGAGCUCUUCAGGACUGCCUGCCCCAAGUUCAUCUCUCCCCAUCAUUUGGCCAUCUUCAUGGAGGAGGUCAAGAGCAACAUGUGGAGCCCCACCGUCAAGUCGUACCUCCGCCUCUACACUACUAUGGACUUGAACAAGCUUUCUGGCUUCCUAGAUGUCAAGCCCGAAGAACUCCGCUCGUGGCUUCUAGUGAACAAGCAGCGAACUAAGCAGCUCCGCUGGAACGAUGCCAGCCUAUUGGAUGGCGAUUUGGUCAACGUUAGCGACCUUGACUACGCUCUGCAAGGUGAUCUCAUCCAUAUCUCGGAGGCCAAGGUUGGCCGGAAGCUGGUAGAUUGGUACCUCCGCAACCUUUCGAGGACAUAUAACUAG